AGGAGCUCAUAUAGUAUCUGCUAUACAAGAUGUUGCAAUCAUUAGACGAACUAGUACCCAUCGGCCUUCACGAUACGGACACACACGCAUCCCGACAUGCUUCGUUCGUAUAAUCCAGGAUAACGCCGUAAUGUAAUUCGGCAUACCCCUUUCGUCUAUAAGACCCCCUCCACCUCGCUAGUCUUCAUGGCUUAACUCUAUUGUCUUCCGGCUUUGGCUCUUAAUACACCUAGACGAUGGGAAUCGCUACCUUUAUCGAGAAGCUUGAGCGAACCCUCUCAGAGGGGUCGAAGGUACUGACAGGUUCGUCGAAAGCCGACUUCCAAGCGACCCUAGCACGAUGGACCGAUAUAGAUAAGAGGGAACCCGGUGCUGUGGUUCUGCCAGCUACGGAAAAUGAUAUUGUAAAAAUUAUCAGACUAGCAGUCGAAUCAUCCGUCCCCUUCGUGGCAAAAGCCGGAGGCCAUAGUUCAUGGUCGACUAUUGGAUCCUCAGGGUUAAUAUUAGAUCUAAGUUUAAUCAGGACAGUCGAAAUUAAUACCAAAAAUCAAACGGCUACUGCAGGUGCUGGCACCUUGAUAGAAGAUGUGGUUCAGGCUGUUGAUGAGAAGGGUUAUUGUGUCGCAACUGGAACAGUCAAUAGCGUUGGUUUCAUCCCAUCCACGGUCGGUGGUGGCAUCACUCUUCUGGCCCCGCUGGUUGGUUUUGGCUCUGACAACAUUGUAUCUGCCCGCAUGGUUACCGCCAAGGGAGAGAUUAUCGCCAUUUCAGACGAUGAAAAUCCCGAGCUCCUCUACGCAAUAAAGGGCGCGGGUCAGUAUUUCGGUGUCAUCACAUCCCUCACCGUCAAAAUACAUCCUAUUUCCAUUCUGGGUACUCCUGAUGGAACCGUAUGGAGCGGAACCCUGGUUUUUGACCUGUCGAAGGCCGCCAUCCAAGUCAAACAAAACACGACAAGAUCUUAUUGUCUGGCUGGCGUAUUACCAGCGCCCCCGACUCUUGAUCCUAUCAUUAUGGUUGCCAUCAUUCACCUUGGAAGCAAGGCGGAUGCUGACAUAGCAUUCAAGCCUUUGCUUGACCUCGAACCAAUUGCAGUCCCAGCGAGUAGCGAAGUACCUUUUGGAAAGGUGAAUGCGGCCUUCCAGGCGUUUGAAAGCAAAGGCGGCCUAAAGAAGUGGCUAGCGAUUGGUCUUACGAGCAUGAACCAAUUCAAACCAGAUGAUAUGACGCUAUUUGUUGACCAGAGGGCUAAAGUAACAGAAAAAUACCCAACUGCCAAGCCGACAGGCUUCGUCAUCGAAUUCACGAGUGAUGGUCCUUGGGACAAGGUAGCGGCGGAGAAAGAGACUGCCUGGUCACACCGAGACAUUGCUACAUGGUGCCACUUGCUCUGUUGGGCUUCCGACGAGGAGACCCUAAAUUAUGCAUACCGAGUAGCUGAGAGAAUCAAAGAACACCUCCGCUCGACUCAGGAACAAAACGACUACACCAUCUACGGAAACUUCUCGCGAUCUGCGCCUGUCCUGGAAAGAUAUAAGGGGCAUGAGCGCGUGGAGAAAUUGCGUAAAUUGACACUACGCUGGGACCCUGAGGGUAUUUUCACAAGAGAAUUCCUGUGAGAAGCUUACGGCCGAUCAGACGCCAUUUAGUUGAAAUAAUUAUUCCUCGUUGAAAACGAUACGUACGGCAUAAUCUAUGUUUGUGCGAUUAUAAACUAUUUGGUUUCGAAAUUAAGAUAAUCAGCUACUUUGACCCCAAGCCAGACUAAUUGGAUGCUAUUUGAGUCCGAGCUUUCCGAGCUUCGGACCCUAACAAAGCGGCUGGAUUCCGACCGAAAUU